AUGACACUCCCGGUAACAGGCAAAUCCGGAAAAGACACGCUCGCGGCGCGCCUCGAGGGCGAGUUCGAGAAACGACCAGAUCCCGUAGCGUUAACCCACAACGCCGAUGAGUCGCAAAACAGUUCAUCAGGCGUCGACUACGAGCCGCAUCCAGAAAACUCCAUCAAAUUGGAGUCCGACAGGGAAAAGAUUGUUCGAUCCAUAUGCAAUCUAUACUCUGGGAGCGCAAGCGAAGACGACAUGAUGGUGUACGCCAAAGAGGCGAUAUAUGAUGAUCCCUGGAGCUACUGCGAUACGAGAUACAAGAUCGCGGGCCAGUGGUACGGCAUUCCAAUACUCAUGAAGAGCAGCCGGACUAUCAAAACGGAAGUGCUUACAUCGAAGCCGGAUGAGAUUAUCUUCAAACUGCAACAAGAGUACACACCCAAGCCGAUGCCUAUCGCAAAGAAGGUUAACAGCUUAAUCACUUUAACACUUGAUCAAGAGGGUAAGGUGCGGUAUCAUAAGGACAUGUGGAAUGAGAAGGACUACAGUCACGAAGGUCUGGGUAAGAUCAUGAAAGAGUUGAAUGGGGAUCAUUUAACGAAGAUUACACAACCUCCAGCAGAUCUAUUUGUCAUUGCUUUCAUUGACCUCCCAUCAAAACAGUUGCAACUGAUCCAUAAAGUCCAACAGUCCGAUGGAUACAUCAACAUCAUCUGCGACACGUCCAAUCCUGAUUCACCAUAG